AUGGCGGUGUGCGUUGAACACGAUUUUCGCGAAACCAUCGAUCUUUUACACCCCGAAAUUCUGUCUGAGGAGGGUCUUCUCGAAUUAUUUCGACGUAGACAUGUGCCCGUCAGUAUCAAGCAAUCGCAGUCUAAGAACGAACUGGUGCAGCUCUACUACAAAACUAUCAUCCCCAUGCCACAGAGGACAUACCGCAAUAAUCGACGUGGAAAGCUGAUGAGGAGGAGUCAGGAGUUGAUUGAUGAGAGGAACAAGCGACCCAAAGAGGAAGAAGCGGAUCACUUGAAAACUUGUUUUCCUUCCUCAUUAGGGUCAUCUCGUACUCCGCCUGGUCCGUCCACUCCCCUACUAGACCGUUUGAAAUCCCCUCCAGAAAAAACAGCUGUGAAAGGAGUCGUCAGUCUAAAAGCAAAGCCAUAUGGGAUCGGCCAAGAAAAAACAGACAAUCCUUUAGACAGUGUGGUAAUAAAGACCUUAAAGAGAAAACACACUGCUGGUGAUGAGGUUUCAAAGGAUAAUAGCAGAACUACAGACGCAACACCACAGCCUAUUAAGAUAAGAAAAAAAAUAUUACGAGUGACAGAGCAAAAGAUUGAUGAUCCUUUAGAUAAGAUUGUUAUCAAAACAUUUGUAAAAAAGAUGCCAGCAGAUGCAACAAAUUCUGACAAUGGUGUUAAGAGAUUAUCAGCUGACAAUGAAAGUGAACAAACACUGACUAAAAAUCAUGAAAAUCCCGGUUUAAAAACUGCUAUCGAUAGUAUCAAUAAGCAUUUAAAUGUGGCAGAAAGUUCAAAGGGGACAAAGGUGACGUUAGAAAUUGGAGCAGUGAAGGAAGAUUGUGAUAAGAUGCUGAUGGAGACGAGUCUUUCUCUUGGAAAACGUCCUCUUGAGGGAUCAACCGCUGAUCAGUCAUCCCAUCCCGCAAGUUCCAGCAGCACUCCGCCUGUUAAGAAAAAGAGAAAAAUCAAGAUCAACAGGACAUCAGUAUGAUCACAGCACUGUGGCAUGCUUGAAACUUUAAAAGUCAUUGAUGAUGUGCAAUUCUGAAGUAUUUCUAGUACUCUAAAAUAGUUUUGAGUUGGUAGUUUUGAUAUAAAGCUCCAAGAGCAUCCCGCACAUUUCAAAUGAAAUAUAAAACUGAGGCAGACGAUCUGGCAAAAUUGCUCUUCAAUGGUGUUUGUCCAUCCGUCCAUGACAAAUUAUACCUCCUUUGAGCUUCUGGGUACGGUGCAAGUGCUUUUCACUGUAUUAAGACACCUGUGAUAGCAUUUUGUGAUGGAUAUAUCCUUUGUAAUGUUUGUCUUUCACAGAAGAGGUAAACAUCAGCUCGUUGUACUGUUUAUAUAGAUCACUGUACUUUGUACUUGGGUGUUUUUCAAUUUUAGUAGUUCCUCUCGGCUGUGGGAUUUACUGAAAAUGCUUUCAAAUACUUGCUUUUCACUGUGUUAAGACUCCUAUAAUAGCAUUUUGUGAUGAAUGUAUCCUUUGUAAUGUUCGUGAUUUACAGAAGAGGGAAAUAUCAACUCAUUGUAUUGUUUAUAUAGAUCACUGUACUUCUUGUUUUUCAACUUAAGUUUUUCUUUUUGAUAACUAAUAAAGGGGAGUGAGUGGGGAUGGGUUGGGAACUGGGGACGGGUGGAGAGAGCCUGGGGAGAAUACAGAAGAAAUGACUGCAAAGAUCAUAAGUUGUUGGGAAUCCGAUGCCAGUUUUGAAGCAGUUGCUCAUAAUCAGAGCUUGGUAUUUCUUGACAUCUGUACUCCAAUCAUCAGUAAGUCUUUGAAGACGGCCUAUGGGGUACUCAGAAUACCGCAUCUGGUAUUAUAGGUAAAAUGGGUGUAUUGUUGGAUUUUAGAAUACUAUAUUAUGUACUUCUAUUACCUUGUCCAUGUCCGAUUCUUCCGAGCUGACAUAUUGUGGAGUUAAUAAAUUUGAAACAUUUCAUUUGCUGUUGGCAAGACUUAUUGAAUUAAGCGCACAUGACAUUUUAGCCACAUUUUCUAAUAGCAGCAAUGUUUAAUGGGAUGCUCUUCACCCCUCCUGUAGGCUGGCCUUUGUUUUUAUCUCCAUGAAUACUGUGUUGUGCCCUCUUGGUUUGGCCACACUGUUCAUUAACAGUAUGAUUCUGGUGAUUGUUCUUUUUCAGAACAGUAGCACACAGUUCAUUUAGAAUUGGUGGAAUUUGGGAAUCUGCAUAAUAAUCAUUUCAGCUUCACUUGAACUGAUUAUAGUGCUGUAUUAUUUCCAUUUACGCUUCAUGAAGAUGUCAGCUGAGUCCCAGACUCUUGGACCUCUCGUUCAUAAUGCCCGAAUUGACUUCCACCUGUUACAAUUUCCCAUCUUCUGCUUUACUUCCAAUAAUUUUGAUAACAGACAAGUUUGUGUUUGCUGUAAACCAAUUACUUCUUGUGGCCUUAAACCUUUGCAAUUUCUCUGCCAUCAGUAUGAGUGAGUAUUCACAUUAAUUCCAGGCAUAAAACUCUCGAAAAGAAAUAGUAACCCAAUUUACUAGAUUAUCCUUCCAUCUUGUGGUGAUGAUAUCUGUCAAUCAUGCAUCAAAUGCACUAUGUAUUAUAGUAUCAGUAUCAAAUGAUGUUGACGUGGCAAUUUGGUGUCCACUGCGCCUGCCUUAUAUAGUGGCUGAUAUGAAUAAAGUCUAGCAAAUGCUUUUACGGGUACUUCAAUUUUGUACAGAAAGGUCUGGUGUAAAUGUACAUGGAGUUUUAGAUAAAAGCAUUUGCUAGUCUUUAUUCAUAUCACCCAAUAUCAUUAUCGGAGUAAUUUAUGAUUAUCAAAUAAA